AGAUUUUUUGUUCCUUGUUGCGCUAGGCUGAUAUAUUAUCUCAGAUAAAAAUAAUUACAUAUUGUAAAUCUUGUUGUAAAUUGUUGUUGCAAAGAGAAUUAUAUGUGUUGUUGAAUGUAUGUAAAUGACAAAUGUACUCCAUAACCCACUUGACUAAUGUGUGCGGUAAGAUGGGCGACUCUGAAUUUGCAUAUGGAUCAUCUCUGUCAAUGGAUUCAAUGAAAGUGAUAGCUGAGAGUGUGGGAAUUGCUAGCCUCGGGGAUGAUGCCGCCAAAGAACUAGCAGACGAUGUCACAUAUCGCCUUAAAAUAAUAGUACAGGAUGCUAUGAAGUUCAUGCACCAUUCCAAGAGACAGAAACUAUCUAUAUCUGAUAUAGAUCACGCUUUAAAAAUCAAAAACAUUGAGUGUCAGUAUGGUUUCAUACAACCAGACUCAUUACCAUUUAGAUUUGCAUCUGGUGGAGGCAGGGAACUACAUUUUAUAGAAGAAAAAGAGAUAGAUUUGUCAGAGAUUUUGUCAGCACCUCCUCCCAAAAUACCUCUAGAUGUUUCAGUAAGAGCACACUGGCUGAGUGUGGACGGGGUGCAGCCCACAGUGCCAGAGAACCCCCCACCCCUAUCUAAAGAGGCACAAAAACUGGAAUCUGUGGACCCCAUUAGCAAGUUGAGCAAACCAGCCAAUAAAGAUGCUGCAGGAAAACCAAUGUGUGGCAAAGCAGCGCGUUUGAAAGCAUCAGAGUCUGUGCAUGUAAAACAACUCGCUACGCAUGAGUUAAGUGUUGAACAGCAAUUGUAUUACAAGGAAAUAACUGAAGCCGGCGUUGGAAGUGAUGAAGCUCGUCGAGCGGAAGCGUUGCAAUCACUAGCAUGUGAUCCUGGAUUGCAUGAGAUGUUGCCACGGAUGUGCACAUUUAUAUCGGAGGGUGUGAAGGUUAAUGUUGUGCAGAACAAUUUGGCGUUGCUCAUAUAUUUGAUGAGAAUGGUCAAAGCUCUUCUGGACAACCAAUCUCUGUACUUAGAAAAAUAUUUACACGAGCUGAUCCCAGCGGUAUCCACGUGUAUAGUGUCCAGACAGUUGUGCCUCCGUCCAGAAGUCGACAAUCAUUGGGCGUUGCGCGACUUUGCUGCACGACUGAUGGCACAAAUAUGUAAAACAUUUAAUACUUCAACAAAUAAUCUACAAACAAGAGUUACGAGACUCUUCGCGAGGGCGCUGCAGUGUCCGUCGCAGACUAACAGCGAGUCGGGCCCGUCAAUGGCUCUCAUGAAGGAGUCUGAAAAGACGCCGCUCGCCUCACUGUACGGCGCGGUGCAGGGGCUCGCAGAACUCGGACCUGAAGUUGUUAAGGUGUUCAUCCUGCCGCGCGUGCGAUGGCUGGGGGAGCGCGUGGAGGGCGCGCUGAGCGGCAUCGGCGGCGCCGACCGCCUCGCCGCCGGCAACCUCAAGCACCAGCUGCUCAAAGUGCUGGCGCCCGUCGUCAAACAGCUGCGGCAGCCGCCCGACCUGCCCGACGAAUACAAACGCGAGUACGGGUACCUGGGGCCGAGCCUGCAGCAGGCGGUGAGCAAGAUCCGCGCGUCGCCGGCGGGCGGCGGGGGCGGCGGCGGCGCGGUGGCGGUGGUCACGUGCACGCCGCCGCUGCUGCCCGCCGCGCACCACGCGCCCAAGACCACAGAUACAGUGGCGACACGUAACGUGGUAAUCGCGUCGCCAGCACCGCCAUCGCCCGCCCCGUCCACUCCUCCUCCACAGAAGUUCGUUAUUGUAACUUCACAACAAAAACCACCGCAGUCGCAGUCGACCAGUGGCCAAGGACACAUUGUGGUCCACAGUUCUCAGCCAACCAUCGUGCGAAACCAAAAUGUGCAGUCGGUGGUGGUGACGAGCGGGCCGGCGGCGGGCGGCGCCGCGCCGCAGAAGGUCGUAGUGGUGGGGGUGCCGCCGCCCGUGCCCGGACUGAUCACACAGGCGCCGGUGUCGGUGGUGGCGAAGCCCGUGUACGCGCGCAGCAUGGGGGGCGCGGGGGGCGCGGGCCCGCAGCCGCCGCCCGAGCUCGACGACCUCUCGCACCUCGCCUGACAGGCACGCACCAUCACCAUCAUCAAGAAACAGUACGCUAGGCAGAAAGACAAUUAAUCCGCUUGUAUAUAUAUUGUGAAAUAAACAGACACCCUUUCACACUAGCGACACCGCAGUGUAGUUCUUUUAGUAUUAUAAGUUGCUUACUAAUUAAAAUGUGUUUAUAAAAACAUGAACCCGUCAAUGUUAUAGAGCUAGUACGAACUCGUAAUGACUUACCCCCUUAUUCAUAAACGUUUUUUAUCUAACGACCAAGUAAGGCUGUGAUAACAAGUCUGUUUCUCAGUGCUGACGGCAUGGCAGUCUUCGCAGUGCGUAGACGUAGGGCCGUUGUGAUUGGCUAAUAUUGAAAUACAACAAUAAUAACCAAUCACAACGGCCCUAUGUCUAUUUCUCAGUGCCGUUGGGCACUGAGAAACAGGCUUGUUAUCACAGCUUUACUCCGUCCUUAGAUAAAAAACGUUUAUGAAUAAGGGGGUAACAGUUUUAUGACAACGCUAUACUUUUUUAGCAAUAUACAUAGAUACGAUAAGUGGGGAACAUUGUGAAAUUCUCCUAUCUUAACUCUGAUCUAACUGACGAUAUAUGUAAAUGUAUUAUAUAUCCCGAAGCACAAUAGGUUAAAAAAUAUAUAUUAGCUGUAUCAGCACCAUAAACGGAAUGGACUGAGCAAUAAUAACCUUACUGAUGGCUGGUCUCAAUGAAUUAUUAACUCUUAGCUGGACUGUGCUCUUACAUUUCAACAAUAUAGGUUACGCUGACUGUUACUGGUACUUAAAUAUCACGUAACUCUAGUGAGUGCAUCCGUCGAAGCGUUUUAUUUGCGGUUGGCAAGACUUAUCUUAAAUCCGCCCGGAUAGCGACCACCGUACACGAGGUGUUAAAACCCGACAUAGUGGCCCACGUCAAUGUGACGCGAUCCGGUAUCAGGCUGUAUAUCCGGUUCCAAUAGCCGGCAUAAUUGUAUCGACUGUCGCGGGGUAAUCAUCUCUCGUCAGUCGACACACUAUUGGCCCUCCUUCACUUACCAUCAGGUGCAGGGCGGCCACUUUGCCGUACCCGUAUAAAAAAAAAUGCAUUUCGUACCUACUAGUAUAUCUACUACUUUUUAUAUUUUUAUUUGUAAUGAUUUUCAAUAAUAUUUUAUUUGAUUUGACGUUAAACAAAUAAAAUUAUAUUAUACAGCAUAGAUUAUUAUAAGAAUGAUUGUUAUUUUUUGGCAAAAACAAAAUGCAUCAAUGACAGUAAUCAUAUUCGACCCUUCAAUAAAUAGUUAAACUUCACGGAUAAGGUUUUAUUAUUUAUCUUAAUUAAUAGAAACAAGAACAAGCACAAAAAAUAAGCAUUUCAACUGUUUGUCAUCUGUCAGUAACCGGCUGUGUAUUCAGAAUUCACCACUCUGUAGAAGAGUCCAAAAGACUGUGCGGCCAAUACGUAUCCCUUUCUAGGUUUAGUAAUUUAGUGUACACAUUCCCUGCUGCAGUAUAAUAUGUAGUUAAAGACAAGUAAAUCAAUGUAAAUAAAUGUGUGAAUCAAUGUACUAGUUUGGCACUAAUAGUAUAGUUUAAUAAGCUAUGUUUGAGCAAACUGUUUGCGAUAGUUUGCAGACGGUUAUUUACUUGGCAAAGUUGUUAUUAUUCAAUCUGCAGUUUAAUAUUUUCUUAUUAUGUUUUACUUAACUGUAGUGCUCCGUGUCAGGUGACUGGUGUGAAAGGUUUAAAUAUAAUGACAUGUUAUUACUUUCCUUUUCCAAAUACAUUUAUUAUAAAGAAAUAAAUGAUAUGUAAAAUUAGAA